AGAGAGAGAGACAGACACAACUAAAUACCCCUGUGUAGGGAGGAGAAAUAAAGAAAAAAGAGAGGGAGGGGGGAAGAGAGAGAUGUACAUCAACAAAAGGCAUUCGUUUCAUCUCAACAUCAAACUCUCUGCUCUGUUGCUGUUCUGGAUAUUACUCCCCGUACAGUCUUGCUUGGAUGCAUAUUUUAUUGAGGAGAAUAUAUCCUCUCUGCCUAUUUUUACAUAACCACUGAGAUAAAUAACCUGUGUCCCUAUUUCCUACAUAGUACACUGUCUUUUUCUCAGAGCCUAAUCAAAAGUAAUGCACAAGGUGUGUGGAAUAGGGUACAAUUUGGGACCGAGCCAUAUAGUUCAACCAGGCAGAGACAGACUGGGUGGUUGGAGUCCUAGAGGGCCAGUAUGGUGGAGACAGGUUGGACCGAGCCAUAUAGUUCAACCAGACAGAGACAGAUUGGGUGGUUGGAGUCCUAGAGGGCCAGUGUGGUGGAGACAGGUUGGACCGAGCCAUAUAGUUCAACCAGACAGAGACAGACUGGGUGGUUGGAGUCCUAGAGGGCCAGUGUGGUGGAGACAGGUUGGACCGAGCCAUAUAGUUCAACCAGGCAGAGACAGACUGGGUGGUUGGAGUCCUAGAGGGCCAGUAUGGUGGAGACAGGUUGGACCGAGCCAUAUAGUUCAACCAGAUAGAGACAGAUUGGGUGGUUGGAGUCCUAGAGGGCCAGUGUGGUGGAGAAAGGUUGGACCGAGCCAUAUAGUUCAACCAGACAGAGAAAGACUGGGUGGUUGGAGUCCUAGAGGGCCUGUGUGGUGGAGACAGGUUGGACCGAGCCAUAUAGUUCAACCAGACAGAGACAGAUUGGGUGGUUGGAGUCCUAGAGGGCCAGUGUGGUGGAGACAGGUUGGACCGAGCCAUAUAGUUCAACCAGAUAGAGACAGACUGGGUGGUUGGAGUCCUAGAGGGCCAGUGUGGUGGAGACAGGUUGGACCGAGCCAUAUAGUUCAACCAGACAGAGACAGACUGGGUGGUUGGAGUCCUAGAGGGCCAGUGUGGUGGAGACAGGUUGGACCGAGCCAUAUAGUUCAACCAGACAGAGACAGAUUGGGUGGUUGGAGUCCUAGAGGGCCAGUAUGGUGGAGACAGGUUGGAACGAGCCAUAGAGUUCAACCAGAUAGAGACAGACUGGGUGGUUGGAGUCCUAGAGUGCCAGUGUGGUGGAGACAGGUUGGACCGAGCCAUAUAUUUCAACCAGAUAGAGACAGACUGGGUGGUUGGAGUCCUAGAGGGCCAGUGUGGUGGAGACAGGUUGGACCGAGCCAUAUAGUUCAACCAGACAGAGACAGACUGGGUGGUUGGAGUCCUAGAGAGCCAGUGUGGUGGAGACAGACUGGGUGGUUGGAGUCCUAGAGGGCCAGUGUGGUGGAGACAGACUGGGUGGUUGGAGUCCUAGAGGGCCAGUGUGGUGGAGACAGACUGGGUGGUUGGAGUCCUAGAGGGCCAGUGUGGUGGAGACAGACUGGGUGGUUGGAGUCCUAGAGGGCCAGUGUGGUGGAGACAGGUUGGACCGAGCCAUAUAGUUCAACCAGACAGAGACAGACUGGGUGGUUGGAGUCCUAGAGAGCCAGUGUGGUGGAGACAGACUGGGUGGUUGGAGUCCUAGAGGGCCAGUGUGGUGGAGACAGACUGGGUGGUUGGAGUCCUAGAGGGCCAGUGUGGUGGAGACAGACUGGGUGGUUGGAGUCCUAGAGGGCCAGUGUGGUGGAGACAGACUGGGUGGUUGGAGUCCUAGAGGGCCAGUGUGGUGGACAGACUGGGUGGUUGGAGUCCUAGAGGGCCAGUGUGGUGGAGACAGAAUGGGUGGUUGGAGUCCUAGAGGGCCAGUGUGGUGGAGACAGACUGGGUGGUUGGAGUCCUAGAGGGCCAGUGUGGUGGAGACAGACUGGGUGGUUGGAGUCCUAGAGGGCCAGUGUGGUGGAGACAGACUGGGUGGUUGGAGUCCUAGAGGGCCAGUGUGGUGGACAGACUGGGUGGUUGGAGUCCUAGAGGGCCAGUGUGGUGGAGACAGAAUGGGUGGUUGGAGUCCUAGAGGGCCAGUGUGGUGGAGACAGACUGGGUGGUUGGAGUCCUAGAGGGCCAGUGUGGUGGAGACAGACUGGGUGGUUGGAGUCCUAGAGGGCCAGGGUGGUUGGAGUCCUAGAGGGCCAGUGUGGUGGAGACAGACUGGGUGGUUGGAGUCCUAGAGGGCCAGUGUGGUGGAGACAGACUGGGUGGUUGGAGUCCUAGAGGGCCAGGGUGGUUGGAGUCCUAGAGGGCCAGUGUGGUGUAGACAGACUGGGUGGUUGGAGUCCUAGAGGGCCAGUUUGGUGGAGACAGACUGGGUGGUUGGAGUCCUAGAGGGCCAGUGUGGUGGAGACAGACUGGGUGG